CGCUAAGCUAUGAAAUGGCUAACGGUCCAGGCGCACGAUACAAGUGGCGUUACGAUAGGCAACUGUGCGUUCGCCAUCCAUUCCCUUGACUACCUUGGAAGUAUUGAAGCGGCGCCCACGUUGCUACUCGACCCAACGGCCCAAUUCGGAACAACAUGACUUUAGUCGCAAAGACUCAUUGACUCCUAGACGUCUACACAAUGUCGGAAAACACACUUGCGGCCAAGAAAGCCUACUUCAAGGAGCAGGAACUCUUGGAUAUCAACGAUGAGCAAGACAUCCCGGACGACAGCGUGGGUAGACUCGAACGCGCGUUGAAGAAUUCGAAAGCCAUGCGACCCCCGGCUUUGAGAAAGCAGACUAGCAGUUUUCUUGGUGCAACCCCGAAAGAAAGGCAAGCAGAGUUUGAGGCGCAUACGAGGAAACAACGCGCAAACGAGCGACAAACGACCCACCAACCGAUGAGUUCAUCUACAGCGCCUGAACAAGAACUUACGAAGAUGCUGCCAGUCACCAGGCCGCGUACCAGGUCAGCAGCUGUCGUUGGCGCGAAAAGUACUCUGAAGAGAGUGUCAUCCUUACCCGAGACAGCUGGCGAAGACACUACUCCAUUUUACAUACGAAUGGGUGACAUUCCAAGAGAGUGCAAAGGAAGGAGGCCCAAACCAGCAAAUAACAUCAAGCUGAGACCAGAGCAUCAACAGUACCUCAAGGGCAAGAUCGUAUACUUCUAUCCGAGCCACGAUAUUACCGAACCGCGGCGCUCUCGUAUACACAAAGUAAUCGAGUUCGGUGCAGCUUGGGUCAAGGACUGGAAAGAAAACAUCACACAUGUUAUAAUAGACGACGACUACGACGUACACACGUAUAGUCAGCUACUGCGGGAUCCGAACAUACCUGGCAUUCCCGAGAACGUUGCGGUCGUCAAGUACCAGCCUUAUAUAACGGAGAGUAUAGAAUAUAAAGUACUCCGAGAUCCAAAUCAACCGCGCUUUGCGGUCAAAGGCGCGCCCAGCGUGAAGGAACAUAGUGAGCAAGUAGUGCCAUCCCAAACAUCAGCCGCAUCGCAGAGCUCACUGGCAAUGAAAUCGUCAAAGCGACAGAUUGCUGCGAAGGAGUCACGAACGACCGACUCAUAUCCGACCGAAGAAAGCGUUCCCGCUACGCCGCCUGUAGCAGAUAUAGCUCCACAUAUCUCAUUCGAUGAAACUGUCGAGGACAGCUUCGUCAUGCCGUCUUCAAGUCCAACGAAAGCUUCGCAACCUAAGAUCAUCGAUAGGUUCAAUGACGCUCUUUCCCAAGCGAUACUGGAAACCAAAGCUAUCGCACAUCUACCAAUAGAGAUGGAGGAAGACGAGGAUGCAGAGUCUCCAGUAGCAAGUGGCAUGGAAGAUGCAGACGACUCAGGCACCGAUGAGGAGCCCGUAGUCGCGGCGCCUAAGCUACCAAAGCAGUCUAACAUUGUUUCAAAAGCGUCUGCUCUACGCAACAAGAGGCCGUUCAACCAAAACGUAUUCCAGUGUAUGGACCCGGGUGCGAACGGCUAUACGUCUCAGAACCCGAACGCCCGUACUAUCGAGAUCCUGGAUCAGAUGUGCAAGCAUUACGAUCAGAUGCAGGAUCAAUGGCGCAUGCUCAGCUACCGCAGAUGUAUCACUACCCUGAAAAAUCAAACGGUCAAGAUCACCACUGCAAAACAAGCAGCAGCCCUACCUUUCAUUGGUGGGCGACUAGCCAAGAAGAUUGAAGAGAUUGUACUCACCAAUCGUCUCCGCAGACUUGAAAGUACGCGAGAUGAUCCUCUUGACGUAGUACUCGGCUUGUUCCUCGGUGUCUAUGGCGCUGGACUUGUUCAGGCCAACAAGUGGAUCCGGUCUGGCUAUCGUACACUGGAAGAUCUCCGAACCAAAGCGAAUCUUACUGAGAGCAACAAGGUUGGUGUAGAACACUACGACGACUUCAACUUCCGGAUACCGCGUGCUGAAGUCGAGGCCCAUGGCACCGUAGUCAUCAGAGAGCUGAGAAAGAUCGACCCCAAGUUCAAAGCCACCAUCAUGGGCAGCUAUCGUCGCGGCGCGAAAGACUCAGGUGACAUCGACAUGAUACUCACGAAGCCGGACGCUUCACUUACCGCUAUGCGGAAAACGAUCUUCGAUGUUCUCGUCCCUCGUCUCUACAAGACCGGCUUCUUGAAAGCCUCCCUAGCGACUUCUCGAUCUGACGACCCCACGGGUUCGAAGUGGCACGGGGCUUCCUGUCUCCCGACUUCGAAGGUCUGGCGCAGGAUGGACUUUCUUCUUGUUCCCGAGGAGGAGAUGGGUGCUGCGCUCAUAUACUUCACUGGCAACGACAUCUUCAACCGCAGUAUUCGGCUGCUGGCUCGCAAGAAGAACAUGAGGUUGAAUCAGAAGGGGCUAUAUAGGGAUGUUCGCAGAGGGAAGCGGGGUGGGAAGUUGAAUGAAGGUGUUUUGGUUGAGGGCAGGAGCGAGAAGAAGAUCUUUGAGAUUCUUGGUGUGCCAUGGAGAGAACCGAGUGAGCGCAUCUGUUAGAGGACGACAAACAUUGAGGAUCGCGGAGACCACGGAAUAUGAUUGGGUGU